AUGGUUUACGUAACAGGAGAUGGAACAGUUGUUGAAAAAACACCAUUCAGCGUGCUUGGAUGGUUCUGGAGCAUCUUGAAUUUCUUUUAUCUACUGUUUCAAACCCUGAUUAACCCGAACUUCAGUAAACAUGGAGACAAAUAUGUAAGAGAUUUCCGGCCUCCAGGCAGUGGACCACCAAAGCCACCAACAAAGAAGUUCGGCGGAUUUGGACCAUCUGGUUCUGGACCGUCCCCACCACCAAUGGGGGGCUGCGGCUGUGGCUGA